AUGGCUGGCAGAGAUUUUGAUGCCGUGCCGACGUGGAAUGGAGAUCCAGGGACCUUUCAGACAUUUGAAGUGGCCUGCAAGUGGUAUGAGAAGACCUUGAAAGACACUGAGCGGCGAGGUGCAGCAGCGAGAGUGUGGAGUCGCCUUACCGGCCCCGCAAAGAGCGUGGUGCGGCAUUUGUCGCCCGACGAGUUUGAUGUCUCCAAUGGACUCUCGAAACUGUUGCAGGUGCUUCGAAGCUCCCCGUUGCAGACUUUGCCAAUACCGGAUUCCUUCAGCAAGCUGGAGCGGUGGCAUCAGCUGCGGCGGAAGGAGGGCGAGUCCAUCCCAGAGCUGAUUGUGCGGGAGGAUGACCUCUUCCGAGAGCUGCAAGCAAGCCUUUUGAGAUCGAGGGCUCGAGUGGAAAAGAUUGCUUCGUCCACGACACCCUCGACACCGGCCUCACCGAGUUCAGCAAAGGCCACUGAGAAGAAGGAAGAGGAGCCCGCUGCUGAUGGAGCUGGUUCCGCUGAGCCCGUCAAGGAGCCAGGUGGUGAUGAUGAGGUGCAUCGGCACCUUGGCUUCUUUGAAGACGAGCUUCGUGGGUUCCGCCUGCUGAAGGCGGCCGGCCUGACGAAUGACCAGAGAAUGCAAGUGCUCACGCUCACAGCCAAUGUUGUUUCCUUCGACCGGAUCCGCCAAGCGCUCCGAGCGUUGUAUGACGAAGAGGACCCCUCCGCCAAGCAUGCCCGACGAAAAGGGGUUUGGUAUGCGUCUGAAGAUUGGGAAGAAGAUGUUCUCUGGCAAGGAGGCGGCGAUGAUUGGCUGUGGGAGGACUGGGCCUGGGACGAUGAGACUUCGUACUGGGCUGAGUGGUCCGAGUGGCCAAGUGACGCAGGAUGGCAGGGCGAAGAUGGUGCUGACGUCGCUGGAACUGAGCCUCCAGUUGAAGGGGCCCCUGGCGAAGAAGAGGAGGCGCUGGUGGUGCAGGAGCAAGAGGCUGCUGUGUUGGCGGCAGAAGCAGCCAAGACGCUGCAGGAAGCACGUCAAGCCAUCCAGAAAGUUCGGGCGGCUCGGGGCUAUUACCCCCUGGGCGGCAAGAAAGGCGGCCUCUCGGGACAUGCGGCAAAGGGGAAGUCCUCAGCCAAGGGCCUUGGCAAGGGCAAGGGCAAGUCAUCAGGCAAGCCGUCUGGAAAGGGUGGCUGCCUGAUUUGCGGCCGCUUUGGCCAUUUCUUCCGAGAUUGCCCAAAUAGGCAUGCGAAAGGAGCGGGCAAGCUUGGCAAGAAAGGUGCUAACAUGUGGAUGGACCAGGUCUACCAUAUGUACUUCAUUGACGCUCCGGCUGAGAACCUCCCCGAGACCGAGCCCAUGGAGCCGAUUCUCGACCGCAUCGUAGAGCCGACCGACGCCGACUUGGAGAAGCAGAACCUGCAGUUCCACCAGGUCGACCCCUUGCUGACGAUUCCGGACAAGUUCGAGCAAGCCCUGGUGCUGAGCUUGGAGACCGCAAUGAUGGCGGCCGUCGAUGGAACGCCAGGCUUCAUCCUGGACACUGGUGCGACAGAGAACGCAGUUGGAGUGAAGACCCUGCAGACAAUGAUUCAGAGAACUGGCGUUCAGCACAUGGUGACGCUCGACGACCGCCCCGUCUUCAAGUUUGGCGAUGGUUUGAGUUUGCGGGCCUGUUCGAAAGUGACCUUGUUCGGGACGGGCCUGGGGGAAGUUCACUUCUACACCUUGGACGGCGACCACAGGCCACAAACUCACAAUGCUGAGAACACUCCGGCACUGCUCGGCAGCAAGUUUUUGAGAGAGGCUAGGGCGACAAUUUCGUACGAUCGGCUUUGUUUGUGGUUUCAGGAUAGAAGAAGCACCCUAUGGGCCACAGAACUUCUCCAGACUCAGUCCGGGCAUCUGAUGAUUCCUGUUGCUGGGCGUCUUUUGGACCUGACUUCCUUUCGGCUGAAGGUCGAGCAGGAACAUGGUGUGCGGCUUCCUCAUGCUGCGACUUGUUUGAUGGACAUUUUGUUCACUCCAGGUGCUCUUGAAGCACUUCGUGAUGCGCAGAGCAAGCAGCCCGGAUGCAGCAAAAAGAUUGAAGAUAGCCUCGAGGAAGGUUCAGACAUGUCAAGUGCUUGGGGGACAGAGUCAGCAGAGCAAGUCCUGGCCGCAUUCCCUUUCGGCAAGCACGCAGUUGAGCCGAUUCAUGUUGUUGAUCGCCCUCAGCUUUCGCAACGACUUCGAGACUUGAGUGCAGCUCCGUUCGACGACCCGCGCCAGAGUGGCUAUCCAUGCUGGACCAAGCACACUCCCGGCAACAAGCGCGAGAACCAGUACGCGACAUGGAUGGCGUGUGGAGUGUGCGGUCUUCGACUGCGCUACGAGACGAAGGGCAGCCGUGGCAAGACUCGAACGGCGGGUCCGACAGUGGCGGUGGUGCAGGAGGCCAUGGACGAGUUGGCCCUCGAGUUCCCCACUGGCGAGGUCAACGAGAGGAUGUGCUUGGGAAAGAUCCGCGAGGUCCAGGGCCGGCGCAUGGUGCAGAACGAGAAGGUGACCCUGGAGACGUUCAUGGAGAAGAAGGCCGGCUACACAGGACCGAGGGGAAUCUCGAUGUCUCCUCCGACUUUGUUCCAGUGCAAGGGCGCAACGGCAAAGGCCAGAGCGCUGACACCACCGACAUGCGAUGCACGACGCAGUGGAAGCCGCUCCUCGGACGCCGCUGUGGCUGCUCAGAAUGGGAAGUCAACGCCGCAGGAAAGUGUGCCUCGAGCCGAGCUGGAGGAGGCAUGGAUGACUAUUCAGGACCAGGAGAACAAGGUGGCGGCCCUCAAGAUGCGUCUGAAGGAAGCCCUUGGCGAAGAUGCGGCCAAGGACUCAGACCUGGACGACGCCGAGAACAUGAGCACGGAUGACUCUGGCCAGAGGGGUGUGGAGCGCCACUUUGGAACAGAGCCUGCGGCAACCUCACCGACACAGGGCCUUCAGGAGCGCAGCCGCGGUUUCACAGGUGCUGUUCGGCGCCAGUUGCACGCUGCAGGGGCUACUUACUUUGCGUCCUUGCUUUGCACCACGACCAUUCUGCUGAAUUCAAUAGAACCGGCAAACUUGCUGGAGAUCAAUGGAGCCCGAGCCAAUGGCCAUUUUGGAGCUGGCGCGGGCAACUUCGGCAUCACCUUCGACGGCUACUACCAGGAGACUGGGUGGAAGGUGGACAAGAAGGAUGUGGCGACCACGCUUGUGGCGAAAGUUGCGGAAGCCAAGCCGGCUUUCUUGUGGAUAGCGCCAGCAGUCCGAGGGGAAUCGUCCUCUUGGGAAGUUGGAGAAUCGCCUGGAGCCCGUCGAAACCGACAGAGAGGACAGCGACGCGCUUUGGAGUCAGCCAGAAUUCUUUCUGAAGCAGCCUGUAGGAGCAUCCAUGAAGGCAACGAGAUCGCCUGGGAGACUCCUAUGGACAUGAGCUACUGGAAGGAUAGUUUGGCCGAGCAGAACAUCAGGAAGGCUGCGACAGCAUGUGGUCGACCUCUACAUGUUCUAAUAGUUGAGGGAUGUCAUUAUCCUAAAACACAAGGGGCACAUGGGAAGCGAUGGCGAAUCCUGACGACGAGCCAUCAACUUGCUGCUGUCCUUCGACGAUGCCGGUGUCCUGGACACAAAGAACAUGAUGUCAUCACAGAGUCGGUUGCGUUUCCGGUGACCAUGGUGAAGGACAUCCUCGAGGGCAUCCAGUGGGAACUUCGACUUCAAGGACGAGACCUUCAACAGGAACUUCAGGAAUUCAUGCUCCAACCAGCCGACGAGAGCCCGAUCUAUGCCAUGACCUCUGGUGCACUUCCAGCCUUGGCCCCGAACGGUGCCAAAUUGAAGCAAGUGAAAGAGAACAUGCUGAGGCUACAUCGGGCGGCUGGACAUACAUCCUUCGAAAACCUGGCAAGGCUUCUUCAAAGGAGAGGAUGUCCGGAGUGGGCCGUGAAGAUGGCCAGGGAGCUGACGUGUGUGGAUUGCGCAGAAGUUCGCCAUCAACAUGGACCCCCGGCAGCUUCCGCUGAACCUCCUCCGGCCCUUUGGGAAACCCUGGGGAUGGAUGUCUUUGAGUAUGAGUACAAACGCAAUGGGACAAGGACCAAGGCGAAGUUCCUGCUCAUGAUCGAUCGGGCAAGUCGUUUUGUGAUGACGCACUUUCUGCAUGAGUACCCAGCCGAAGAGGCCUGGGAACCAAGCACAGCUGACAUCAAGCGAGCCGUGGUCAAGACAUGGAUGGCGGCGAACCCGAGCCCAAGGUGGCUGUACACGGAUGCGGCAGCUUACUUCACCAGCAGGGAGAUGAUCGACUUCGCCUCCCGCAGCGGCCUAGGGCUGAUGACAGCGCCCGCUGAAGCUCACUACUUGAUGGGCGUCGAAGAGCGAGCAAUUCAAGUGAUGAAGCGGACGGUGGAGAAGCUGGAGCUGGAAGAGCUCAACUUGGACAUUGGAGCUCUUUUUACCUUGGCUGCACAUGGCCACAACUCCUUUGUGCACUCGGCGACAGGAUAUAGUCCAUUUCAGUGGGCGAGAGGAUGGCAGCGUGAAGAUGCUCCUCCGGUUGGGCUAGAUCCAAGAAAAGCCUUCAGCAAAGUCCUAGCGCACAGGGCCACGGCGGAAGCAGCAUUUCUCAAAGCAGACGCGGGAAUCAAGUUGUCCAAGCUGUCAAAUUCGGUGGCAAGGCCAGUGCAGAGAUAUCAGGCCGGUGAUUUGUGCAUGCUGUGGCGUGCUCGCAUGAAUCGUCAACGAGGUGGAUGGACUGGUCCGCUUCGAGUGCUUUUGCAAGAAGGCACCACUGUUUGGCUAGCCACCGGAACCACACUCGUUAGAGCCAAGCUGAACCAAGUUAGGCCAACCACAGAACGCGAGAAGCUCGUUUCCUCUACCCAAGGAACCACCGUGUACCAGAACGCAGUCGGGCUGGAGAUUCUUCUUCGUGGAUACCGAGGCAAGCAUUUCCUGGAUGCCACCUCAGAGAACCCCGGCUUGGAGAUUGAGGAAGAUCUGAGUCCUGCCGACCGCCUGGUGGAGCCCGAGGCUCCUCGUGUUGGAGGAGAAAAGGACCGUUGGGUGGUCACUGAGACGAUGGUGAUUCGCAAACAUCUGGUUCCUAGGUUGUCCUUGUUCACUCCUGAUCGCACCAAAGACUGCCCGGUGCCGGAUGUAGGUCUGUCUGGGAGGAGAAGAACGGUCCUACAGAGGCCCGGAGGUGCCAAUAUCGUCCUCGACAACUACAAGACUGAAGAGAGGCCACGCCGGUCCCUGAUGGAGCGAUGGUGCGGCGAAACUCAGUUCGAGCGAGCUGGGCGGACGCUGCCGGAAGAAAUUGAGCAAAGAGCCCCGCAACAACGAGGUUCCCUUCCAGAAGUAAGAGAGUCACGUCCUGAACAACCAAGUUCUCCUCCAGAACAACGAGGUCCUGCAGCCGGCGCACGGCGAGGCUUAGAAGCCUCAUCUUCUUCGGUGUCUGGCCCCCCUGUGAAGAAAGAGCGGCGCAGCGAGUUGCCGCCCGACCAGGAUAUGGCUGAGAUCCCAGUGCCGCAACCUGCGCUGAGGUCCCAAGUCCUAGCCGAGGAGGCACCUGAGGCCGAGCCGGAAACUCCGGUUCCUCCUCAAGGUACACUUCAAGGAGUUUUACCCGCGCAACCAGACUUCCUGGAAGAGGAGCAUGCUAGCGCGGCCCCGUACUCCACCACCGACGAGGAGAGCAGCGACGAGGAGCUACGACCAGACGUUCCUCAGACAGAGCAAGCCCACUAUUCGGUGCCGCCUGAGAAGUAUGCGUGCUACGCUUGUGAGAUUAGCCUCACUGAGCGGGACCUCAAGAAAAUCACGAAACGGCCUCGAAAAGCUACCGCUUGGUUAUCGCAAAAGAUGAUAGAAAAGAGCAGAGAAGUACACUGGAGGUCGUUGACGCAACCUCAGAAGGAGGAGUACGACGAAGCCAUGUCCAUAGAGGUGAGCAACGUAAUCCGCGAGCGAGCUGCCAGAGCUUUGACAGCCCAGGAGAUCUGCGACCUGGACUACAACAAGAUAAUGAACAUGAGGUGGGUCUUGACGAGAAAGGCGAGUGGUGCUCCAAAAGCCAGGUUGGUGGUUUUGGGGUAUCAGGCCCACAACUUGCUGGAGGUCGAGACAGCAGCACCGACAUUGUCUUGUACUGGCAGGAACAUGCUACUCACUGCGGCGGCAAACAGUGGCAUGAUCCUGGAAACUGGAGACGUCACAUCGGCGUUUCUUCAAACCUUCGAAAGCCUGGAGAAGGAAAACUUGGUGGUUUGGGCGCCAAUUGAAUUGGCGGCCAUGUUUGGAGCAGAUCCAGCAGAUAGCGGAAUGGCAAUGAAGCUGACGAAGGCCUUCUAUGGCUUAGCGCACGCGCCACGAAAGUGGCACGAAACGGUUCUGAAAGCGCUCCGGGAGACCGGAUGGCAGCAACUUCGUGCAGAUCGUUGUUUGUUUGCCUUGCGGGACGGCUCAGGCCGACUGUGCGCGCUGGCAGGCCUGCACGUCGACGAUUUUCUCCUGGCAGGGCUUCCUGGCAACAAGCUGUACCUGGACUCGAAGAAAGCGUUGCAGGAGCGCUUCCGUUUUGGAAAAUGGGAGCAGGCGACUGGAGAAGGCUUCACCUUUGCAGGCUGUCGUGUCAGACAGACGGAGGCUGGCAUUCAGCUGGAUCAGGAAGAGUACGUCAACGACUGGGUGCAGGAGAUCCCGCUAGACCACCAGAGAGCCAAGCAACUUAAGUCUAAGGCGACUCCCAAAGAAAUUGGCGACCUUCGAGCAGCUCUUGGGACUCUGUCGUGGAAGGCCUCACAGACUGGUCCACAGUUUCAGGCGGAAGUGUCGCUGAAGUUGAGCGAGGUGCCCAUGGCCACAGUGAACACCCUGGUCAGUGUCAACAAGCUGGUGCGGGAAGUUCGUCGAACAGCUUCUCAGAGGAUUCUGUUCCCAUGCUGGGGACAGCCAUGGCAGUCCAUCAGUGCAAUGGUGUGGGCCGACGCUAGCCAGGCUAAUCGUCCGAACAAAUCCUCGACAGUGGCUUUCGUUGGCUGCAUGGGUCCACGGGCGAUCCUGGAAGGCGAGGAGGUGUCGCUGGCGCUGGUGGCGUGGCGCAGCUCUAAGUGCCCGCGUGAGAGUCUAGGCUCCAACGGCAGUGAAGUCCAAGCGAUUACCAUAGGCGAAGAUGAAGUGUUUCUCUUGCGAGCCAUGUGGUAUGAAAUCCACGGUGGCGAGAUUUCGAGAUACACGCUUGCCGAAGAGCUGAAGCAGCACACUUCGGGAGGCCUAGUGAUGGAUAGCAAGGGCAUUUUUGAUGCCAUGACAAGAAAUGUAUCGGCCUUGCAUGGCCUGCGAUCCUCGAGGGCGGGUUUUGAACUUACUGUAUCGGUUCAACAAGCGGUUGCCUUAGGGACCCAGCUUAGGUGGGUUAACGGGACUGCUCAGUUAGCCGAUGGUUUGACUAAGGACAAUGCGGGGGCCCGUAGGGGUUUCUUAGAGUUCUUAGCUAGAGGUCAACGGUGGAGUGUGGUUCAUGACCCGUCUUUCACAGCAGGCAAGAAACUGACGAAGCGACAGUUACAGCAGAAGCUUAAGGAUCAAGAGAACUUCUUCGUCGGUGCCUUGAAGGCAUUUGCCGCUUCUUCUCAUUAUCCCUGGUUCGAUUUAGAUCCUAUGCCGUACGAUGAUAUUGAGCCCAGAAACCUCAAAGAAGUAUUAGGGAUAUGA